AUAAAGGCACAUAAGGUUUUUCCACCCUGUGCUGCAGCUCAGUUCGGGGCCAACGCCAUCCUGGGAGUGUCCCUGGCCAUCUGCAAGGCCGGCGCGGCGGAGAAAGACGUCCCCCUGUACCGCCACAUAGCCGACCUGGCGGGAAACACGGAGCUCGUGCUGCCGGUUCCCGCCUUUAAUGUGAUAAACGGAGGAUCUCAUGCAGGCAACAAACUGGCCAUGCAGGAGUUCAUGGUCCUUCCUGUUGGAGCCGAGUCUUUCAAGGAGGCGUUGCGGAUAGGAUCCGAGCUGUACCACACGCUGAAGGAGGUGAUCCAGGAGAAAUACGGGCAGGACGCCACCAACGUGGGAGACGAGGGAGGAUUUGCUCCCAACAUCCUGGAGAACAGUGAGGCUCUGGAUCUGCUGCAGACGGCCAUCGAGAAGGCCGGCUUCACGGACAAGGUGGUGGUUGGGAUGGACGUGGCCGCCUCCGAGUUCUACCGCGAGGGAAAAUACGACCUGGACUUCAAAUCGCCGCCGGAUCCCCAGAGACACAUCUCCGGAGAGGAGCUGGCGGACAUCUACCAGGGCUUCGUCAACAACUACCCAGUGGUCUCCAUCGAGGACCCGUUCGACCAGGACGACUGGGAGGCCUGGUCCCGUCUGACGGCCCAGGUGGGGAUCCAGGUGGUGGGAGACGACCUGACGGUGACCAACCCGAAGAGGAUAGAGAAAGCCGCCGAGGAGCGAGCCUGCAACUGCUUGCUGCUCAAAGUCAACCAGAUCGGCUCCGUCACCGAGGGCAUACAGGCGUGUAAACUGGCUCAGGCCAACGGUUGGGGGGUGAUGGUCAGCCACCGCUCGGGAGAGACAGAGGACACCUUCAUCGCCGACCUGGUGGUGGGACUCUGCACCGGACAGAUUAAGACCGGCGCCCCCUGCAGAUCGGAGCGGCUGGCCAAGUACAACCAGCUGAUGAGGAUCGAGGAGGAGUUGGGCGACCAGGCUCGCUUUGCAGGCCAUAACUUCAGGAACCCAAGUGCCCUGUGAACCUGACAUUGGAAUGAUUCACACGCACGCACGCACACACACACACACACACACACACAAAAGCACUGACUGACUCGCCCAAACAUGGGAACGAGCCAUGCGCAUUGAAAUAUAACAAAGACGCGUGAAAAAACACACGAGCAAAAUAACCACGCAAAAACUAAAACAUGAUUAAAUAAAUUAUGCACUGGACUUUGGGGGAUGAUGCUGUACGCACACGCACGCACACAGACACACACACACACACACAGAUAGAGUAGGCUGAUGCAGCUUGUGCACAUCGAAACAUGUAAUUUAUAAGCCAGACAUGCACUGUUACUGUAGUUUUAAUAGUUCAGCAAAGAGAGAAACAAGUAGAGAUAUAAGAGGAAACUUUAAACUGAGACACGCGGCGGAGAAACGUUCAUCACCAAGUGAGGACGAUCAGAGAAAGAAACACAAAACAUUGCUCAAGUAGUACACAAACACAGCUACACACUCAGCUGUGUCUCACUCUCACCUGGACACUGAAGUACCUGCACCCCCCCCCGUCCACCCCGUCCCCCCCGUCCCCCCCGCCCCCCCCUUUUCUCUCCUCUUUCUCCUCGUCGUUUUUAAAUCCCUCUCUCUCCUUCUGUCCGAUGUGGUUCGGAUUCAUUCCUACUUUGUGCUGGAGAAGAAAACACAACCCCCGAAUCCCUUCGUUCCUUCUGUUCCUCCUCAAUGUCUGUAGAGUAGAUGUGUUGAAAACACGCGAGAACAUGAAUAAUAAAAAGAGAACGCUCGUCAUUGAAAAUAAUGUGAAAAUAUGUGAAAUAAAAAGAUGUUAAUUUACAGUUUCAAUCACA